AUGACGGUUAAUACUCGGAUGACAGAGUCACGCCCUGGCGAUGAAAACGACCGUAUAGAUGAGACUACAGCUCUCCUUGGGUCUGAAACAGAACAGACUGAAGUAGAAGAGGAUGAAAAGCCGCUCCCCACAAGCCAAAUUCUUCUUCUUUGUUAUGUUCGAAUUGUCGAGCCACUUGCAUUCUUUAGCAUCUUUCCCUACGUCAGCCAGAUGGUUCAGGAGAAUGGUGGCAUCAAGGACGCGGAUAUUGGCUUCUACAGUGGACUUAUUGAAUCAUUGUUUUCCUUGACACAGGCCAUCGUUAUGAUCUUCUGGGGCCGAGUAUCUGAUCACCUCGGACGCAAGCCAGUCCUAGUCACAUCCCUGUUCGGUGUGACUGUGUCGAUAGGUUUUUUCGGACUGGCAAAGAGUCUAACGCAGAUGGUUUUGUUUAGAUGCCUUGCCGGUGUCUUUGCUGGUUCUAUCCUCACCGUCCGCACCAUGAUAGCCGAGCAUAGCACGGCAAAGACCCAGGCGCGGGCAUUCAGCUGGUUUGCUGUUAGCGGCAACCUAGGCAUCUUCUUGGGGCCUCUCUUAGGUGGCGCUCUUGCUGAUCCGGUUAGUCAGUACCCGGGAGUCUUUGGCGGUGUCCCCUUCUUUGAUAAAUAUCCCUACGCGCUCUCCAGCUUUAUAGUAGCGCUGGUGGGACUCACCGCUGCAAUUACCAGUGCUCUGUUUGUUGAGGAGACCUUGCAAAAGGAUCCCGUAGCGGCGAACGGUGAUGGGGAACAUGCAGUACCAGACACGUCAACUCAGAGUGAAGACCUCACAACAUGGCAGCUGCUGAAAUCACCAGGGGUGACUAUAGUCAUAUAUGUAUACGGACACAUCAUGACCCUUGCUUUCGCUUACACAGCCAUUAUUCCUGUCUUCUGGUUCACCCGCGUAGAUCUCGGCGGGUUCAGCUUCACGCCACUUCAGAUCUCGCUGAUGAUGGGGCUGAAUGGUGCCGCCCAAGCAAUAUGGCUUCUCCUUGUCUUCCCCUUCUUACAACAUAGAAUCGGGUCGAAUGGAGUCAUUCGCCUGUGUGCUAUUGCCUAUCCGUUUUUCUUCAUAGCCUGUCCUUUUGGAAAUCUCCUCCUGCGAUUGGGGACCGAUGCAUCCAUCAAAGCUUUCUGGAUCACCAUGCCAGUGAUGCUGGCUAUCGGAUGUGGAGUCAGCAUGAGCUUCACGGCCAUCCAGCUCGCUCUGAAUGAUGUCUCACCUUCACCAAGGGUCUUAGGUACUCUGAAUGCGUUAGUACUGACUGGUUCAAGUGUUCUAAGGGCCUUUUGCCCAGCCCUUUUCACUACCCUAUUCGCGCUGGGAGCGAGGACGCAGCUGGUGUGGGGUUACGCUAUUUGGUUGCUGAUGCUCUUCCUUGCCCUCAGUUUAUCGUUUGUAGUGAGAUAUCUGCCAGAGCCCCAUGGUGUCAAACGUCUAAAUGGUCAGUAG